CCCCGGGGGACAUCGAGCGGCAGCGGGGGCUCCCGGUGGAUCCUCCCCGCCGCCGGGCGGUGCGAGGAGCCGGGGGAGGGCCCGGCCGUGGGGCGGGGGGGGGGAGCCGGGGCCAGCCCCGGCAGCGGGGCGCUGAGGAGCAGCUGCCGGGCGGCCGCCAAAUGGCCGAGGGGCCCCGCGCCGGCCGGCGGCUGAGGCGGCGCCGCAUGGGGGCCCGGCGCUGAGCUCCGCCAUGGCUGCGCACUCCAGCUUGUACAAUGAGGACAGAAACCUGCUGCGUAUUCGAGAGCGAGAGAGGCGGAAUCAGGAGGCUCUGCAGGAGAGAGACAAGUUCAGUGAGAACGCCCCGCUCUUUGCCGAGCCCUACAAGACUAACAAAGAGGAUGAGUUGUCAAGCCGUAUUCAGAACAUGCUGGGCAAUUAUGAGGAGGUCAAGGAGCUUAUCAGCGCCAGGUGCCAUCAGAAUCUCAUAGGAAUACCAAAAAGCAUCGCUCCUCUGAUCCCUCAAGGAAAGCCUGAUCGCCCGUUCUUCCCUGAAAAGACCAGCCAUGCACCAUCUGCAUUCCACCAUGCGAGCCGCCAUCCACACAUGGGACCUCCGGUUGUAGCUCCCCCCCCUCCAAGCCACUCCGUUCACUACCCAAAGGCACAAUCACGAGCAGAACCAGCGUCAGGUUUGCACGCCAAGAGUCACAGCUUGUCCAGCGGCCGGAGCCAAGGUCAAGAACAUGGUCACGGCGGACAGGAAGGUCACACAGGUUCUCGCCACAAGAGAACCGAGAGGCGCGCUGUUGGUGAGGGUCGUGCUACCGAACUGCAGGCCUCCCUUCUGCAGCUUUCUCCAUUGCUGUCACCUUUGUCUACUCCAGUGACGCCCCUGUCACCUCUACAUUCCAGCCAGCAUGUUAAUUCCAGGUCACAGAACAGCAGCAAAAGUCAUGGGCUGACCUACACUCAAACGAAAUCACCUCAGGACCUAGUGGCAGGCUCACAGGAGAAUGAAAGUCGGGACAGCUCAGCCGUUAACUUGGCUGGCACCACUCAGCCUUCCUCGCAGACCUUUCCCCCACCUUUGCCAUCAAAAACCAGUGCAAUGCAGCAGAAACCAACCGCCUACGUCAGGCCGAUGGAUGGCCAAGAUCAGGCCCCAGUAGAAUCCCCGGAGCUCAAGCCUCUCCCAGAGGAGUACCAUACAGAACCGUACGAGAAGAUCUCAGAUCUGAAGGCCAACGCCAAAGCCAAGUUAUCCAAGCUGAAAAUCCCUGCUGAGCCCAUUGAGCAAACCUUCCCCAGUGAUGUCCAGUGCGUUGAAGAAAUCCUGAAGGAAAUGACCCACUCAUGGCCACCUCCUCUGACAGCUAUUCAUACACCUAGUACGGCAGAGCCCUCAAAAUUUCCAUUUCCAGCAAAGGAAUCACAGCACGUUGGAUCUGUAGCACAGAAUCAGAAACAGUAUGACGCACCUUCAAAAACGUUGCCUAGUUCUCAACCAAGAACAUCAAUGCUCCAGGACGACCUGCAGCUCAGUGAUAGUGAAGACAGUGGUGACGACCAAGUUGUUGAAAAGCCACCUUCUUCACUUGCUCCUCCAAGUGCCCUGCAGUCCCAGCCCGAGAGCGUGGCAUCAGCACAUUCCAGCAGCCCAGAGUCAGGGAGCACCAGUGACUCAGACAGCUCUUCAGACUCGGAGACGGAGAGCAGCUCGAGUGACAGUGAAGCCAACGACCCUGACCCUCCGAGAGUGUCAGCUCCUGAGCCCGACCCACCAACUUCAAACAAGUGGCAGCUCGACAACUGGCUCACCAAGGUGAACCCACCAGCAGUGCCAGCAGAGAGCCCCAGAGAAACUGCCCAUACGGAUGGACAUGAGGAGGACAAGGAGCCAGGACAGCAGAUCGACAGCGACUCCUCCCAUGAGCACGCGGAGCCGAGGGAGCCUCAUCACAAGAGCUCUGCCCGAGCAGCCAGGGCUUCUCAGGAUGCUCACCUUCCGACCAAACGCAACUGCCAGAAGUCUCCCGCGUGUGCUGAGGAGCCCUCGCAGAGGCAGACCGUUGGUAUCAAAAGGCCCAGCAAGCCUCCAGUGCACGAGGGGCCCAAGGGGGGCCUGAAGGUGGAGAGCGAACCUGGUCCUUACGAGGUUAGAGACCAGUCUUCCAGAGACAAGCCAAAAGUAAAAACGAAAGGGAGGCCAAAAUCCAGCGACCGAAAAGAACUGAAAACCAGUCUGCAAGAGCCCCCCGAGGGCAGAAAGCACAAGAGCUCCCAUCAGGCCAGCGCCAAAGCCCUGCUGGACCCCAAGCCCCCGAGGGACGUUGUGCUGGGCAGUACCCAGGAGCACCUCGCUCUCAGCCCAGUCCCUCAGGGCCAGGGCACGACCCCCACCAGGACUAGCGGCCACAGGCCUGCUGCUGUGCUCAGAGAGGACUUCCACAAGGAGAAGCUUCCCUUGUCUGUCAGGGAGAAGAAGUUGCUGUCGCCAGUGAGGGACGUGCAGGUCCCUCGCAGCCUCAUGGUUAAAAUUGAUCUCCCGCUGCUGUCAAGAGUUCCCCAGCUCCCCGGGAAGGGCGGUCACCAGAAGAGAGCGGAGGCAAAGGAGUUCCCUGGUGCAAGGGGGCAGGAUGUGGAGAGGAAAGCCACGGACACUCCUGACAAGUCCUUCAAAAAGAGGAAGAGGGAAAUGGAGAAGGAGAUUGAUAGGAAGAAAAUGAAAUCAGACAAAGAAACAAAAUCAUUGCAGUCUUCAACUAACAAAGACUCCACUAAACAGAAAGCACCAAAAGCAUCAUUUGAGACCCAGAAGAAAGAUCUCCUGCUACCCCCACCACUGCCACCCAUGUCUCCCGCACAUUCUGCACCAAAGUCAGUGAAGAUGGCCCAGAAGAGACCCAGGAGUGAGAACGGCCAGCUGCCUGCCACAGAAAACAACACUGCCAGGGACUCAAGCAGCCACAAGGAUCCUUUGUCUGCCAAGCACAAGAAGGUGGAGAGAAAGCACUCUGAACAGGUGAAGGGCAACAAAGGAUCUGCAGGGGAUGUCACGAAUCCUUUCCCAGUGCCUUCUUUGCCAAAUGGUACCUCCAAGCCAAGGAGACCUCAAGUCAAGUUCGAAAAACAGCAUUCGAUGGAAUAUCACAUAGAAGAGGCCAAGAGGCUGAAGCACAAAGCUGAUGCAAUGACCGACAAGACUGGAAAGGCCUUUCAGUACCUUGAUGCUGCCCUUUCCUUUAUUGAAUAUGGGAUUGCCAUGGAAUCAGAUGCAUCAGCACCAAAAUCUGCUUACAGCAUAUUUGCCGACACGAUAGAUCUCAUCAAAUUCAUAAUGACAUUAAAACCCUUUACGGACGCCUCAGCAUCUUCACAUGAAAAAAUCUUUGCUGUGUUAUGCAUGCGCUGCCAGUCCCUCCUGCACAUGGCAAUGUUUCGUUACAAAAAGGACACUGCAAUAAAGUAUUCCAGGAUCCUGAAUGACCACUUCAAGAGUUCUUCCAGAGUAACACAAGCACCUUCUCCAUGUGUUGCAAGAAGCACAGGCAUGCCUUCUCCUCUUUCUCCAAUGCCCUCUCCUGCUGGAUCCGUGAGUUCUCAGCCAGGAUCAAACGCUAGCAAUUGUGGUGGCAACAGCAUUAGCUCUUCGGUCACCAUCCCUUAUAAUAUCCCAAGCAUCACCUCUUCAUAUGUCAACAUCACUUCCUAUAUCCUCUAUGCGUAUGACAUUUGGGAACAGGCUGAUGCACUGGCCAGGAAGAAUAAGGAGUUUUUUGCUGAGCUCAGCGCAGCGGUGUGCCCUCUGGCACUGAACAGUAGCAUGACCGAACUGGUACACUACAGUAGACAGGGUUUACAGUGGCUGAGACUGGAGACAAAUACGCCUUAACUGGUGCUCAAGGUGGUUAAGUACCUUGAACUCUUUUGCACUUUGGAAGCCUCAGAAACAGUCUGGCUUGCUGAAUCAUGGGAUACAAAGCACCUGCAAGGGAAAAUAAAUCAGAGUGGAAGGGAUCUGGUUACACUGGAAAAAAAAAAAAGAACUUUGUUUUUAGGGUAACAUUUUGCUGCCUUGAAAAAGAAGAGACAUAGGAGGGCCCCAGCGUUGAUGUCGCCUUCCUUUAAAACAACAAAGUGCAAUGAAUUGUCUGAAUGGCUCAAUGUAUUGAUGGUCUAUAAACAUUUCUAUUACGAAUAACCAGCAGGACAAUAAUCACACGUGAAGAAGUGCCGACAAGAAGGAAAUCUGCCUCCAGAGGUGAGUUAUUAUGCAACAUGCCACAGUCUGCAGCAGCAGCGUGCCCAGAAGAGAUGUCAGAGAAGUGUUUUUGCAAGCACGGAUGCAGCCCAUCACACCACGCUGGUUCUCGGAUGGCGAGUGGCAUCCUCAUCAGCACCCAGCAGCAUUAUGUUACAGCAGAGACAGCAGAGAUCUGCCUCGCCUGCUUCCCAGCCUCACCUGUGUGCACUCGCCAGCCAGCUCCUGUGCUGAGAGUCGGGUGAGGCCCUGCUGUCGGUGCUGCACCUUCACUUCUGGAGUCACCGCUGCUGCGGCCCUCUUCCUCACCGUGCGCCCGCCCCUAACGCCAUGCUGCUCGCCGUCUCGCGCUGUUUCAGCCACGUCAGCCGAACGUGGUUGAGGUGGCGAAAUCGCCAGGUGUGGCUGCAAACAGCUCAGCGUCCGGGUGCGGUGGGUGGUUUCGGUGGGUGGGGGCGCGCGGCCGUCCUGGGGCCCUGUGGGUGAGCGAGGAGGGGCUGCUUGUGCAACGCGGGGCAAAUCCUGCACGUGGGCAUCGGCCCGCAACCCGCGCGGCUCUCGGCGAGUGUCUGAGAGCAGGGGCCAGUGCCCGAGUCGUGCAUCCUUUGUGUGGGAGGUGAUUGAUGUGCUCUUCCUCAGCCAAAGCCCCAGGGUGGGCCCAGGGACUUGGAAAUCUGUCUUCAGGGGAUCACGGAAGGGAAUCACGAGGUGUUUGCAAGCCUUUUUUCCUUGUCAGGAGCUGCACAGUUGAAAUUGCGAUUUUGCAAGUGGCAAUAAGAGCGAAGGCGGUGUCUGCGGCAUUUGUGCGUUCAGUAGGAAGACAGCCUUCUGCACCCAAAGAUUUCCUGUUGCAUGACAGCAGCAUCCUGCCAUCCUCAUGUCUAAUAGUGUGCCUUAGCCCUCUGGUCCCCUCUCGCAUCCCUCGUCCUGCCGCUGACGCAGCUGCGGGAGCGGCAAAGAGGAGGACGAUGUCCCCAAAUCAUUGUGCUUACAGGAAGGAACGCGUCUCCGGUGAAGUAGUUCCCUAAUUACCAGGAUGGAGGAACGGGUCUGCACGCCUGCAGCAGCACCUCCGUUGUAAAAUAACCUGCUGGUGGUUUGGAGGCUCGCAGAAGCCAGCAGCGAACACAUAUCAGCAAAAGGUCUGCAUUUCCAGAAGUAGGUCCCGUAGAGGCGGCCCCUGCUGCGGGGCUCAGCUCCAGCUGGAGCUGGCGGGAGGGCGCCGUGCCAUGCCGCAGGCACACCUCCCCGGGCGUCUUCCCGGGCCUUGGAGUCGUCUGACGUUCACUUUAUUCAAAGCCUUAGCGCAUUUCAGGGAGAAGCUGGAAGGGAGAAGUGGUGGAAGGGAGGUCCGUGUCCCCUGCCCAAUUUACCCCAGCGUGGGCCCGAGUGCAGAGGCGAGGCUGGGAGUCAGGGCUGCGAUCUCAGGAAGAGAGGCAGGGGACAGCCAGGGCCAGCUCCUGGUGUGCACUUUGGGGUUGGUCGGCGGGCCGGCGGCCUUUUCUGACUUGGUCUUGGUGCAGAGGUAGUUUCGGGUCCACCGAAAUGGACCCUCGGCUUUGGGGCGGCAGGGGGCUCUCGCUGCAAAGGCCAGGGGCCAGGGGAAGCGGUGGGAAGCGGCUGCACGCCGGCUUUUUCUUUCUGUUACAGAGGAAACCGCUCGGAUAGUUGUUACUUUUUAGAAAGCCAUCGUAUUUCAACCACGAGCUAGGUCAGAGGCCUGUGAGGGGUAAGGGAAGAUGCCCGUAGUUUUCACCUGAGUCUGGUCAGGCCCUUUAAAAAGAAAAAAAAAAUUGAAAAGAAAAAAAAAAUUGAAAAAAAAGAGAAAUAGGAUUUGCCAUUAGAAAACAACCAUGCAUCCGAGGAAGAAGGAAAAACAGAGGUGAUGGUUGAGUACCCGAAGGAGAGAAGGAGGGUAUGGUGGCAACAAAGCAUCAUUUCCACACAAUAUUUAUUUAGAAGGAAUAAUACAUGUGUUUAAAUUGUCAAAUGUUCUAUUUUUAAGAUGCUGUUUAUUUAAGAGUUGGAAAGCCCCACUUACAUGGAGACAGAGAUCUCUUCUGUAACCAAAAGUCAAAGUCUGACUGCAAUGUCCUUGUUUUUGUGUUGUUCUUUCGUUUUUUGUUUUUUUUUUUUCCUCCCCUCCCUCUUGGUUCCUAUUGCAAACCUGUACAUCUUAAACUUAUUUUGGGGGUGCGCAUCCCUCUUGUAAAUGUUUUCUGCCCUGCGUGUGGUGGAGUGUCCGAGAUGGUCGAUUCAUUCCGACGGGGUAAUAAACAAUAAAUGAAGUCGCCCGUUUGUUACGAGUCCUUGCCAGAGUCCUCGUGUUCUCAGCUCCUCCUGGAGAAACCAGCCCUGCGCGGGCGGGUCGGGUGCUGCCUUCGUGCCGUGCCCGAGGGGUCUGCGUGGCCUCGAGCUUCUUCUCUGGGUGUCCUGCUCCCUGCUGGCCCCUGGAGGACGUCACCACUCCCUGGAAGAGCAGCUUCAUGCCUCGAUGCACUGUGGUGGUAUAACCCGUGUUUCUUUCAGGUCCUUUCUGCAACACACAUUGCACCUCCGAUGUUUGCUACUAAUGGAUGUGUUUUUUUUAAUACAUCAUCUAAAGUGUAGAGAAUGCUGAAAUCUGUUUUAAUGCUCGCCAGAUAUGUUGCAGUUACAGAUAGCGCGUAUGGAAAUGCACACAUUUUUUUAAGUCAGUGCAGUUUUUCGCUGCACACUUAAAAUCCCAAGGGCAAAACUGAUCGUGAAGUAGAAGGAAAAAACAACUAGACAGGAGGAGCUGGCGGCAAGGUGGCACUGGACUCGGUUUGCCAAAACCAGAAGAAGUUUCAAGCAGCACGGAGCCAGCUUGGCCCCCAUGAGGUUUGCCACAGGGCCGGGUGGCCACGGGGCGAGCUGUUGGUGGCCGGCAGAGCCAAAACUGGGGCUUGCAGCAGUGUUGUGCCAGCCCAGGCGUCCCGUGGCAGUAACAUGCCCAAUUGGGGUUGGGUUUUUAUUUCUGCAUGUUUAUUUAUUGAGCCUGUGUUGACCAAACCUAAUUUCACAGCCGUGUAUAAUUUAUUUUGAGAUUUGUUACACGCUCUGGAUUAGCUGUCUUUCUCUCCUUGGCUUUGCUUAUCUGUUUCAGAGGCAAAUGUUAUUUUUGGCAAACCAGCUGCAUUAAGUUUGAUUGCAGUUGCUCAGCUCUCUGCUGGCCUCCAGACACUGAGAGAUCUCUUUGGCAGCCUGUGCUUUCUUGAUGUGAAUUGCACUGCUCGUAACCCCACCACUACCCGAAACCAGCAGUAUUCCAAGGCCACCGUCAGCAUUUCUCAAUCUGUUUCCGUAAACUUGGUGUUCCUGAAGCAAGGGUUUUGUAUGUGCUCCAUCUGCAGUGUGUUAUCACUGGGGUUUUGUGAUGGGUUUUGUCAAGGUACGAGGCUCCUGGAAGCCUUGUUGGGAUUUGUCCUCUCCCAGUCAGUCUUGCUGAGGUUAAGCUUUUCUCUGGGUCCAACAUUUCACGUCUUAACAGCCACCCAGCUGAUGGCUUCUUUCUCUUCUGCUUCAGUGUCCGUGAGCUGCUCAGAGCCAUGCACCUCCUUGCUGGUUGCAUGCGGGAGCUGGUGAGGGUUGUGGGGGCAAGGUUUUGGUUUUGCUUGGUUUCUCCACGUGUCCCCAGGAAGCAGGGGUUGGUGAGAUGCACCCUGUACCCGUGAAGGCUUCACACAUGGCACUUCCCAAGCAGGAUAGAGGUGUGUGGCAGUGGCAGGGUCCUCGCCGUGGGCUUCAUAUUUCAAGGCUUACCAUAUGGGCUUGUGUUUUAAUUCCUUUUUUUUUCACCCUACCUUGCUCAGCUUUUUAAAGCAUAAAUAAAACACUGCAGUUCUUAGUGAAGAUGUCCUUAAAUAACUGUGGUGUCCCCCCGACGUGGGUUGUAAAUGUUGUCAAGUUACCCCCAGAAAAGGAGGGGCGCUGGGGCUGCGGCGCUCAGUCUGCACUCUGAGGCGUCUGUCGGUAAGAAGUUGCUGCCUUUAUAGUCCUUGAAAAAGGUGAAAAUCAGAUCUGAUACUGCUUGGGAAACACAAACAGAAAUGUCUCCAAAGAAAUUGUGCCACAGAUCUUUUGUCUGUCUUCUGUACAGGGGAUGAAUUGUGUGCACGUGUAUGUAUAGUUACAUAGAGAGAUAUGUCUAUAUAUAUAAUUAAAAGAAAUGAAUUU